AGACUGUGUCUGACACGCGGGGACAUUUAAAGCCAGAAACAUGCGCUCUCAUUAUUGGGUUCAAGGUGGAGGACGUAGAGCAGAUUUCAGGAGGUUCACGGUCAUUGAGGUUUCAGAAAGCAGUGAAUCAGUGCAGAGUCCAGCACUCAAUCCUAGGAAAAGGCUUCAUUCGGCAGAGGAAGUGCAAUGCGGCAGCCGGCCAAACCCGGAGGGUGCCGGUUCAGCGUCCGUAACAGAGUUAAGUUAUUCUGAGAACAAGCACGGGAGGGAGAGCCUGUGUCAGCGAUGUCAAAUCAUUGCAAACCAACUGAACAGGCAGGCGCGCGAGCUGGCCGAGCCAGGAACUCUGAAGGACCCGAGUUUUGCAGCGUUUCUCCUUGACGAGCUCCAGUCUCAGGAAUGGCCUCGGAGAGUGUGCGGUGCCCAGAGCAGCUGUGAAGUGUGUGGGACGUCGCUUUACCACCUGAGGUGCCUGGCACUGCACUCGGCCCUCGGGCUGCCAAUCGACAACAUGCCUGACCUGCAGCCCGGACCCCUCUCUGGCCUCCUGCCUCCACGUGUGGCCUCUCACAGCUCCAUCUCACCCCAUCCGUCCUGGGACUGGCCCACACCAUGUUCUCCAGCCGCUGGCAGUCAAAGUCUCAGCAGGUGUCCAUGUGGCCCAGAGGGUCAAGAUGCAGCGGUCAAAGUAGGUGGCAAACGCUCCUGUUUGGCCACCGUCACACCUCUACCUCUACACGCACAGCAUUAUCUGGAGGGAGUGUGGCGUGUCACAACCGUGAGUCCUACUGGAGAGAAGGACAGUUUGGCGCCUGUAUCUUCCAGGUCCAUUCAGACCACCACUGUACCUCUGGUCUCUCUGUCAGGCCAAAAACCAGCCCAUUAUGACCAGCCGGCUGUCCCACCAGCAGCCCAAACCAGCUCAGCAGCCUCCUUCUUCCAAAGGGCUGCCCAGAAGCUGAACCUCUCCAAACGGAAGAAGCCUCAGCCCCUUCCGCCAUCUCCUCCUGACCCAGAAGAGCCGUUCUUCUACACUGAUGGCUUCAGUGCCGCCCUGCAGCUCUCACCCCCAGCUGUACCCCCGUGUCUCCUCAGGGCAGGGGCAAAGGUUAAGGACAGCCCUGGGAUGGGAAAGGUGAAAGUGAUGGUGCGAAUAUGCAAUGCCAAAGGAUCGAGAGACACCUCAGAAUCCAUGUCCUUUCUCAAAGUGGAUGCCCAUAAGAAACAGCUGACAUUUUGUGAGCCGCCCAUGUGUGCCCGCACAGCCUCUGCCAACGCCCCAAAGAUGUUUACCUUUGAUGCCGUCUUUACCCAAGAUGCUUCACAGGCGGAGGUGUGCUCAGGGACAGUGGCAGAGGUUAUCCAGUCUGUGGUCAAUGGGGCAGAUGGUUGCAUCUUCUGUUUUGGUCAGGCCAACCUUGGCAAGAGCUACACCAUGAUCGGCAGGGACAGCUCUACACAGAGCUUGGGUGUAGCACCCUGCGCAAUCUCUUGGCUCUUCAAGCUCAUUGAGGAAAGGAAAGAGAAGACCGGCACAAGAUUCUCAAUUCGAGUGUCUGCUGUGGAAAUCUGUGGCAGAGAAGAGGUGCUGAGAGACCUGCUGGCUGACUUUUCUGCAGGAACUUCCCAGGACAGUCAGAGUGCAGGAAUUUCUUUGCGAGAGGACCCGGUCUGUGGCUCUCAGCUGCAGAACCAGAGCGAGUUGCGGGCAUAUUCGGCUGAGAAAGCAGCUUUCUUCCUAGAUGCAGCUCUGGCAGCUCGUAGCACCACCAGACCUGACUGUAAAGAGGAGGAUCGACGCAAUUCUCACAUGCUCUUCACUCUACACAUAUCCCAGUACCGCAUGGAGAAGAGCACCAAAGCUGGAAUGUCUGGGAAUCGUAGCCGCCUACAUCUUCUGGACUUAGGAAGUUGUGAGUCUGAUCUGAGUCAAACUCGAGAUGGAGGAAGAGGCCAGUGUUUGUCAUUAGGUGCCCUUGGAAAUGUCAUCUUAGCCUUGGCCAAUGGAGCCAAGCAUGUGCCAUACAGAGACAGCAAGCUUACCAUGCUGCUGAGGGAAUCGCUGGGCAACAUCAACUGUAGAACCACCAUGAUCGCCCACAUCUCUGACUCGCCAGCCAAUUAUGUUGAAUCUCUCACCACUGUGCAGCUUGCCUCCCGUAUUCACCGCAUGAGAAAGAAGAAAUCCAAGUAUGCAUCAAGUUCCUCUGGAGGGGAGAGCUCCUGUGAAGAGGGACACAUCAAACGAAGACCCUUUCACCCUCGGACUGUGGCUCUUGACCCAGACCACCCUGCAGUUUUAUCCAGUGAUCCAGAUUACUCCUCUAGUAGUGAGCACUCAUGUGAUACAGUGAUCUAUGUGGGGCCUGGUGGGGCCCCUAUCUCUGACCGCGAACUCAGCGACAAUGAAGGUCCUCCAGCAUUUGUUCCUAUCAUUCCCUCUCUGAACAAGAAGCGUGUAAAAGAGGGAUCUAAAUCUGAUGGGGACCACCUCAAAUGCAACACCUUUGCAGAGUUACAAGAACGACUUGAGUGUAUUGAUGGCAGUGAAAGCACAUCUGUUUUCACCAGUGAAGCAAAAGGCCUGCAAACAGCCUUAAAAUCUGGAAUGGACAAAGCAUCAGAAGGCAUUACUGUAUUGACAAGGACCGCUAAGUCUUCUCUUCAAAAGCCUACAAACUUGGGAGCCACAUCUGACAUAAACACAACAUUAAAACAAGAUUCAGAGCCUGUUGUGAGAGAAAAAGUGUUUAGUAGAGGGGCUAUACAAAAACCCAGUGCCUCUUCCUCCUCGCAGAACAUAUCAAAGACGUCAGUUUUGAAUACUGAGUGUGGUUUAGCCACACGAACACCUCCAGUGGGUAUGAGCCAGCAAGCCGUUAGACAGGGAGAACGAAAUGACUCCCCGAUUACUGACAGAUCCCACCACCUCAGUAGAAGUCCUAUGGAGGUGAGCCACUUACGUGCUGCUCUGAGGAACAGGUGCUUUGAUAGAGAUGUUUUGAGGACUACAGUUACAUUGCAGCAACCUGUGGAGCUCAAUGGAGAGGAUGAACUUGUGUUUACAGUGGUUGAAGAGCUACCUGCUGGUCUGGUUCCAGACAAUGGGACACCCUCUAGCAUAAUUAGCUUUAAUAGCAACUGUUCUUUGCAGGCCCUGGCUUCUCACUCACGGCCUGUUAGUAUUAUCAGCAGUAUCAAUGAUGAAUUUGAUGCUUACACAUGCCAGAUAAACAAGUCCCAUCUGAACCAAGGUGCUUCUGGUGCUUCCAAGUCAAAAGAGGAAUUUACAGCUGGACAUGCAGCACAUUCUUCAAUUGGUGCUUGGACUUGUAAUUCAAAUAUUUGUACCCCAUGUAGGGAUGAGACUGACAGAAGCUACUCAUUAAAGGGAGCUUGCAAGGGACCAGUUAGCAGUUCCAUGAUGGAUUUACCUGGUAGAUUACAUAUUGAGUCUAUCUCACAGCAAAGAACAAGUAGUCCACCGGGCGACAGUGGAAUUUGCUAUUCAGAUCAAGGUUAUGAUUCUGCAACUGUUGACAAAUUGUCCCUAUCUAAGUGCCCUCUAACUCAUGACAGUACCAAAGCAUCCCUCAAACCGAUGCGAUCUAAUAGACUAUUGGCCUCACAGUCUGCCCAGAUCUCAUGCCUCUCUACUCUCCCUAGAAAAAGCACCCAAAUUGCAUCUUCAAGUAGUAGCUACAGCCAUGAACUACAACGUCAAGGUAGCAGAAUAGAUGAACAAUGGAGCCACUCUAGCAGUGGGCUGCACUCAGCCAGGAAUUCCGAGUUUAGCUCUGUUGGCAAACCACCAAAAAAUGGCACAAGUGGAAUUCCAUCUAGAAAGAUAAGUGGGAAUAGCAACAGUGUACCUCGCCCUCCCAAAAUGCAUGCAUCGUCCACAUCUCAAAGGGUUGUGGAUGGUUGUGAAAAGUCCAGUAUUAAGAAAGGGGAGCUGAGCAAGAUGCCCCAGCUCAAGCGAGGAGCCACCACUCUUGGCGUGGUAUCCGUUCCCCAUAGUUCCUCUGAAUUGAAAUGGGCUAAUGAUGCCUCACAAACAACUGGUAGCUUAAAAUUCUCAUCCCUGGGAAAGAGAGCUAAUGGACAGAAGAGUAGUAUGAUUCCUAAAUCUGGAAGCAUGUCACCUCCUGCUCCACCUGUGCGAAAAUCCAGCCUUGACCAGAGAACACGGAUUUUGUUGUCUCCAAGUGCCUUAAAGUCUGUGAGCAGUGAUGGAACAAGACUGUCUUCAUCUAAAGCAUCUGUUUCUGAAGAGGACUUUGAUGUUCGAGGUAAAGGGGAUUCCUUUAGCUUUAGGUCAUCCAGUCUGAAGACAGCUUCAAGUCUCAGAUCACACAGUGCUAAAGGAGACAAUGGAAGGCAUUUUGGUAGUCUUAUGUCCCUUGAAAGGUGUGAGAGUUUAACCUCAAUGGGUUCCAGACCAGGGACAUCAAGGGAGAACAGUAAUGUCAGUAUCAGUAGCACUGGUAAAUCUGCUAAAAUGGUGCCAAAACUUGGGGCCUCUUGUCACUUAUCUACACCAACUGCCACUUCCCCUCCAUCUACUGGUGGAAUUUGUAAGCUUGGACAGACAAAAGCUAGUUUAUCUCCUAGAGCCAUUGUUGGAAAUGGCAAUAAAGGAAAAACCUUGUCAAGUACUGGUUCAAAGUCUAUUAGCUCCUCCACCAAGUUCCUUGCCGCUUCAGCCACUCGGAAUGCCAGUCUACCUCCAACUGGAAAAACACCAACUCGGUCUGUCACAAGUUCCAGUACUAAACAAGGAAGGGGCACAAUUAUGGGUACAAAGCAAGCGCUCCGUGCGGCCAACAGCCGGGUCAGUGAAUUAGCUGUUGGUAGCUCCAAGAAACACCUCAGGGGUUCUGACCAAGCAGAUGAAAACAGUGAUGCCAGAACUUCCAGUGAAAUUCCACCAGCUAAUCCUUUGCCCUCACCGUACAGCAAGAUCACUGCCCCUCGCCGACCUCAGCGCUACAGUAGCGGGCACGGUAGUGACAACAGCAGUGUACUUAGUGGUGAACUACCCCCUGCCAUGGGACGCACUGCACUUUUUUAUCACAGUGGAGGCAGUAGUGGCUAUGAGAGCAUGAUCAGGGACAGUGAAACCACAGGCAGUGCAUCUUCUGCCCAUGAUUCCAUGAGUGAGAGUGGAGUGUCCACGUCCAGUCGAACAAAGGCCUCAAAAUCUCCCAAAAAGAGAUCUAAUGGCCUACAGCGGCGCCGUCUGAUUCCUGCUCCUCUGCCAGACACCUCUUCCCUGGGCAGGAAAGUUGGUGCAGCAGGACAGUGGGUCGAUCUACCCCCACUGGGUGGUACAAUGAAGGAACCUUUUGAGAUCAAAGUGUAUGAGAUUGAUGAUGUGGAACGCCUUCAGAGACGCAAAGAAGGUUUAACAGAGGGUUUGCAGUACUUCAACGCCCGUCUUAGGAUGCUGGAGAAGAGGCAGCAGCAGAUCAGAGAGUUAAGAGCCAAGCACGAGAAGCUGAAAAAGGAGUUGGAGGAUGCCAAGACUCGGCUCAUGCUGGACCCCAGCAAAUGGAUGGGAGAAUUUGAUGUGGACCCAGAUCUGGACCAGGAGUCACAUGACUACUUGCAAGCUCUGGCUCAGGCCACAGGAGACCUGGAGUUUUGUGUCAACCUAUGCAAGUCUCGCGUGAUGAUGGAGACCUGCUUCGAUAUCGCAGUGCCCGCAAUCCCAGGACAGAGCGGACAACAGGAGAUGGAGGUUUAGAAGAGAAUAAAACAAGACGCUGUUUGCAAGCUAGCUGUGAGUUAUGGCAAGAACAGAAUUUUUUUAAAGACUGACCUGCUUCGAGCAAUGCAACAAUUGAAGGUAAUGAACAUGCAUGGGAAUACCAUGAAAUGCUGAGAAACAAAGAGACUACAGAAUAAUGGCAAGAUCGUGUCCUGAGAUCUUCACAACGUUACCAGAAAGUGCCUUAAACCAAAAAAUAUCAGAUACAUAAAUAAAAAAUCCCUAGAAUUAUCUUCAUUUUUAUGAUUGGUGCUAGUACUGAGACCAACUUUCCCAAGUACACUUUGAAAAACAAAGUAUUGUGCAUUGCAAUGCAAUGUAUUGUGUAUUUAUAAGAGCUAAAGUGUGUAAAAAUAUAGUUUUAAGUAUUUUCAAUUACGCAGAGAAAAACUCCCCAAUACUGUUGCCUUUUUAAAUGUAUAAAUAAUCGGUUCAACUUCAACAUGCAAUGCUUCUUCUGAUGCUAAAGCAGUGUGGUUAAUCUCAUUUAGUUACAGUUGCUCUGCAUGAAGGCCUUGAUAUACUUGAAGCAAAACUAAUUGGUGAGAUGUCAUUAGAACUAAUUCAGCCCACAAUUUACUCUCUCUUCCAAAUAUUGGUCUGUGAUGAUGAUGUAUUAGGUGGGUGUGGCUUGUGUGCAAAUAAUCUCUAGGUAGUAGGUGUAUUCGACUUGAAAACUAGUAUGUCAGGUCAGACACCUCGGGGCUUGUAGUUUGCUGCAUGAUGAUAUAUCACAUGGCGAGUUCGGUAAUUUAUUUAUUUAUUAAUCCAAUCACAUUAAUCCAAAAAGAUUGAACAAAAGGACAUUCCCAAAAUAAGUGAGCUAAACUUUCAGAAGAAAUUUCACAGAAAAAAGCGAGAUGAGCAAUGUCACUUGAUUUCUGUAUAAACAGCUUAACAUGAUAAAACUAUUUUAUAAAUACAUUAAUUAUUUUAGAACUAUUUAUAUAAUAAUUAUUUAUCUAAAUUUGAAAACGUUAUGGGGUGGCAUGAUCAAUGAUGACUAUUAUACAUUCUGUAAGACUUAUUUGAGUUGAUAUUUGGGUAUUUGCUAAAAACCUAUCGGCUAAUUUGAAUCAUAUAUGGAGCUGUAUGCAGUAAAGGGUCUGUAUGAAAAUAAAAAUAAACUUGUGCAAACAAUCUGGCUUUUAAAAACAAAUUAUUUAACAAAAAAAAAAAAUAUUUGGCCUACUGCAGUAAAAUAUUUGGAGUCUUUUAAUAAGCAUGAUAUGUACAAGAUAGAGAUGGCAUAAAAAGACAAUUGUUUGUUUGGAAGUUUGUGAGACGGAAGUUGUCCAGUAAUAAACCUGAAACAUGGGGUUGUUGUCAUGCGGUCAACAUUCGUUGCCAUUUGUGUAAUAUCGAUGUCAUCAUCAUGUAUAUAUAUGCUCUUGCAGUCGCUCUUCAGACGCUGCACCAGCUGAAUCAAUUGUCUAAUCUCGGAGCGCAGUCGCGGUACUUUGAUGCCACAUGAGACAAAAUUUCUAACCGGCAUGCACCUCUUUAAGACAGAGCAUCAUGCAGAGCUGCAUGAUGUCGAACGCACCUAGUCUCUAGUCUGUGUGAAAUCAAAAUAAACACAUUUAUUUUGCUAGUGCACAUCAUUAGGUCAACAAUUAAACCGUUCAAGUUAAUUCACUAAAAAAAAAAUUCUGUUUUGGUAAUUUUCAAAGUCUUACCCUUUGAUUCUGUGUUUGGACUGGCUGUCCUUUUCUGAAAACGUGAGUAUUCUCAACCAUGCCCCUCUUACUAUUAGUUUGCUAUUUGGAAAUGAUGCGCAAAAGAAAAGUACGCCCCCUACUCAGUAUUGAGUUUCAGCUGGAAGUAUGUCAACAUACUGAAAUAAAAGUCCCAGCAACUUCCUGUUGAUGCAGACUUUAAAUUCAUCUGUUCAGUCCACUGAGGUCAGACAUCUUUAACCAAAAGCAUGAACAAUAUGUAGAGAUUGUGCAUAACCAAAGACCACUGUAACAGCUAAAAAUCUUCAAGGUUUAAUCUUGAAAUCUUCAAAAUGGACAUAGACAAAAAAGGGAUAUUUUAAACUUCUUUUAAAGAAAGAAUGAAAAAGACCUUUGCUUUGAGUAUAUCGCGGUCUAAAUGAUUGGCUGUCAGAAGACAUGUAAUUUCCCCUGGAUCCAGAUGUGCUCCUUUAAUUGACUGCUGCAGCUGCCGGCAAAUCAGUAAUUAGAGCUUGGCUCAAACACUUCUCAGGACAUCUAACCGAAGUGAGUUUUUACUUUGUUAUUUGAGUGUGUGUUGUAUGCAUCAUACUGUAAUGUGUGCAUGUGUCUGUUCUCUGAUUAUCAUGCAAGCUGGUGUCUUUAAUGUGGUAAACAAAUCCACUCUAUCUACCUGAAUUACAAAAGAUUAUGCCUUUCUUUGCUGAAAAUGGUCUUCAAAAUGAUCAGAUACCAACGGCUAUCAUCUGUUGACAACUUCACAGCACAGGACCUUAUACUCACUGUGUCCAGUGAAUUAUAUUUAGUUUCUGAUGUUAACUUAUUAUUGUUGUUUUUUUGUUGUUGUUUUUUUUUGUCCUGUUAAUUCUUAAAGUGUUUCUGCAGAGAAGUGUGAAUGAUGUUUCCUAUACAGAAACAAAUAGAAGAGAUUAUUUAAAAUGGCAAAUGUUUGAAGUAGAGUUUGUGGAUUUUUUUGUUUUCUUUUUACAAAAAUCAUUUUGUUUUCAUUGAAAGAUUUUAUUUUAUUUUAAAAGGGGAAAAUUACCAUUUCCUCAAGUGGCUGCAUGACAUCUUUCAGUUGUUCUUUGUCAAAUUAAUAUAUGGUUUUAUUUCUGUUUGAUAUAUUAGUCUGUGAUUUAUACUGAUAAUUUAUGUUUUAACAGAUCUGCCAAGCAUUUAGACUUUCAAUGUCUAUGA